UAGGGUGACGCAUCCACCCAUCAGCUGUUUUUGUUUUGCUGUGUGAAUAUUGGAAGUUAAUAACAUAAUAACAACAGUGAUCGACUGGCUCAAGUGCAACGGCUCACUGGGGAGGUGUUACCCUUCCUCUUCCAUCCUGUUCAGAUUCGGGAUAGUUUACUCGUCGCGUGAUGUGUUGCAUCUGAGCCAAACUGCCCGGACAUUCCGCUCUCCCUGAAGAGUGUGAGCGUGGCGUUUGGAGUCGGGGGCAGAGGAGGGGAAGCGGGUUUCGGCGUGGAUCGACCCGAGCCCAAGGCCUCCAUCCUCGGCCAGCGAGAGGAGAGGGUAUUUGGCGGCUCCGAUGGAGUCCCAGGAGUCCCAGGACGCACCGGACGGUCCCGGAGUGGACCGAGCCUUCAUCUGUGCCUCGUUUAACCAGGACACCACUUCUCUGUCAGUGGGCACCAAGACCGGCUACCAGCUCUUCUCUGUCACUGCUGUGGACAAACUGGACUGCAUCCACGAGGGAGUAGAGUGUCCAGAUGUGUAUAUAGUGGAGCGACUGUUCUCCAGCAGCUUGGUGGUGGUGGUCAGUCUGUCCAUGCCACGGCGAAUGAACGUCUACCACUUUAAGAAAGGUACAGAGAUUUGUAACUACAGCUACUCCAACAACAUCCUCUCCGUCAGGCUCAACAGACAGCGGCUGGUGGUGUGCCUGGAGGAGUCGGUCUACAUCCACAAUAUCAAAGACAUGAAACUACUCAAAACCCUGCUCAACACACCCAUCAACCCAACGGGUCUUUGCGCUCUCUCCGUCAACCACAGUAACUCCUACCUGGCGUACCCUGGCAGCGCAACCAUCGGAGAGAUCACUGUCUACGAUGCCAACAACCUGAGCACUCUGACGCUGAUCCAAGCCCACGACAGUCCUCUGGCGGCCCUCACCUUCAAUGCCUCUGGCACCAAACUGGCCAGUGCAUCAGAGAAAGGCACCGUUAUCAGAGUCUUCAGCGUUCCUGAAGGACAGAGACUGUUUGAAUUUCGCCGAGGGAUGAAAAGAUAUGUUAGCAUCAGUUCGUUGUCCUUCAGUGUGGACGCCCAGUUCCUGUGUGCCUCCAGCAACACUGAGACAGUCCAUAUCUUUAAACUGGAGCAGCACAGCCCAAGUCAAGAUGAGGAGUCUCCCACAUGGUCAGCAUAUGUGGGCAAAAUGUUCACAGCAGCCAGCACCUACUUGCCCACCCAGGUGUCCGACAUGAUGCAUCAGGACAGAGCCUUCGCCACAGUGCGACUCAACAUGUUCGGCCUGAAGAACAUCUGCGCCCUGGCCACGAUUCAGAAGCUCCCUCGCCUGCUGGUGGCGUCCUCAGACGGGUGUCUCUACAUUUAUAAUGUGGAUCCACAGGAUGGAGGAGAGUGCGCCUUAGUCCAAAAACACAGGUUGUUUGACUCCAGCGAGGAGCAGGUAGAACAGAAGGAAGAGGAGAAUCCAGAGGAUGUUGCUCAACAACAAGCCAGCCAAUCAUACGCUGCCACUGUGGCUCUCCCUUCAACCCCACCCUCCUCCACCACUCUUAUGGGUUACUCUGAGGAUGGUGGAGCCCAGAAGGGUGAGGUUUUCCCAGAGCACGAGUUCGCUGAGGGCCCGGUCUGUCUGGAUGACGAGAAUGAGUUCCCUCCAUUUGGCAAUCAGAGUAACUGACCAAACCCCCUCUCAUGAAACAUCUAAUCCCUGCAUAACAAUCAGACUGUUACAAGCAGGGAAAGGUGGACAAUAAAUAUCCCUGUGUUGAGACAUUGUAGCACCCGUACCUUUCCAUAUCAUGCACCCCUGUACCCCUGCUGGCCUAGGGUAAAAUGCCAGAAUGUUACUUCCUGGUGUUUCUGUAUUCUGCGUUCCUCUUACUUUUUUGUAAGGAAUUUAAAAAAAAAAAAGAGUGGAAGGUUCACUCAUCAUUAAAACACAUUCACAUGUUAGAAAGCUUCAAAGACUAAGAGUCCCACCAUCAACAACAGUGUUUAUUUUAAGUAAUGAAACCCUGACAAAACAGUGACAUUAUUGUUGCGCAAUAUUAUCAUGGUAGCAAUCCGAUGGACGCGAUUGAUCUGUCUAGUAUUAGUGAGCAGACUGAAUAAGGUAGUAGAGGAGAUGCAGCCGAUGUAGAGUAACCAAGGGGCCAGAUUUACACAAAAGGUGAAACAUUAGCAGCUUCUAAACAAGCCAAAUGCAAUCAGACAAUAAUAUAAAUAAAAUAUGAAAUGAGUCAACUCUCUUCAGAUCAUAUCUUGUUUUCUGCCACUUACAAGUAGCAUCUGAAAAUCUAUCAUAUAGGCAUUUCUUUUGUCAAUCAGGCCUCUGGAAUCUGGGAGUCUAUCAAUGGGCAUUAAAUGUGUCACACCUCAGUAACAAGGAGCAGUCAUUUACUCAAGAAGGAAAAAGGAUUUGGGUGGGAUACACUAUUUAAAUCAUGUUACAUGCAGUAAGUAUUAUAUGACUUGCAGAUGCAGCUGUCAUACUAAUUCUGGUAGCGAUAGAUGAGCCUAAAUGUAACCUGAUAAUGUAUGUGGAGGAGUGGGCUCUGUGGGAGGAGCGGUCAACAGCUAACUGUGAAAAAUCUCGAUGGUGAAGCUGUAUGCGACAAAGUUACAGGUCCUUCAAUCUCAGUGAUAUCUUGAACAUCUUUCCUAUUUACUACAUGAUGCUGAAUACAGUACAUUAACAUGCAAGUCAGUCAUUUCUACUUUGAUGUAUUAAAUAUUCUUUUUGCAAAAAUGUUUGAAGUAUUACACAUCAACGCAUACACUUACCAUGCGUACAUAUAUAGAUUAUAUUGAGGAUUUUUACUGUGUGUAUAAUGUAUAUAUAACAUUUAUAUAUAGGACUGUUGUAAUAAGUAACAUGGUAAUACCAUUUAAUUUGCCAAAAGGUGGCGCUGUUAGGACACCCACAUGCUGCAUUGAGCUGUUCAACCAGAGACUCAUUAAAGCUGAGAAGUAA